UAGUGGAAGAGUACACAGUUCCAUCAAACUCUUGGAUGGUGGUGAAGUCGUCUUUCAUUCGUCGUCUUCAGUCUCGCUGCUCGGAAAGAGUAAGGAAGCUUACUUGAUGACAUAUAUGGCCAAGUUGAUGCCUGUAAGAGGUGAAAAAUUCUGGAAUGUACUGCCAGAACAUGCAAUGGACCCACCUGAUCUUGUGAAAACUGUUGGAAGACCAAAUAUCAAAAGAACUAGGGAAAAUGAUGCAUCAAUUAAAAGAGCAGGAGAGUGGGCUCACUCAAGAAAAGGAACUAAAUUGACAUGUAGUAAGUGUGGUUUAUCAACUCAUAAUGCAAGGACAUGCAAGCUUGGUGAAGAAGAACAAGAGGCUACAUUGAAGAAAAAAAGGGCCAGAACUGAAGAAGAUGAAAAAGAAGUUGAAGAAGUUCAUGAACAUCUUUAUGACAUUAAUAGUUCAUCCCCUAGACCAACACAAGAGGAAGAAUACCAUUUUAUGCCUACACCUACAUUAACAAAGCAACGGUACGAACCAUUUGGUCCUGCUAGAGAGCCUGAAAGUGAUCCAAAUAUAAGGCCUCAAGUCAUAUCUGAACAUCUCACAAAACUGAAGAUGAGGAUGAAUAAAAAAGAGCAUUUGGAAAUAGAGUGAUAUCUUUUAAAGGUGAUCAUGCUAGAAUUAGCGAGCGUACAAAUUUUCCUUACUCACCCACUAAGCUCACUUGAAAAGAAAAAUAAGUUGUCACUAAGAACCAGUUGGAAAGAGACAGAGAGAAGAAGGUGGGCAAGUUGAAGACAAGAAAAACUAAUGGGAGAUCUCAGAUUUCGCAUGUUCUGAAUAGUGCAAAGAAAUUGAUAGCUUUUACUUAUUUUUUCUUGAAGUUGGUAGAUGCAAAACAAUGAAUGUUUGCAUUUUAUUUUAGGUUAAUUUGGUAGAUGCAAAACAAUGAAUGCUUAUGUUUUUUUGGUUUGAAGUUGGUAUUAAGUUAUGAAGUUUGGUAAAGAA